UAUGUCAAAAUAAUUCAGAAGACUAGAUAGUGAUAGUGAUCUUGAAGAACCAGAAUCAUUAGUUUACAAAUAAAGUAAUACCUAUAUUAAAUCAUAUAGUGAAAUAAAUGUAAAGAAUGUAAGGUAUCUCUUAAAUGAUCACUGAAAUCAUAUAAGAAGAAGAGCUUUCUGAGGUUGAAGAUAAACACAAAUAUAUGAAGAAUUUAGUUGGACGUAAACUAAGUUAAUUAGACAGUCCAACUGAAUCUGUAAAAUCUGCACAAUCUUCUAAACCAUUCUAAAGUCCGAAAAAAGCUCUUAAACGAGAUACUAUAUUUUUUGAAUAAUCUGACUUCGACAUACUAAGCAUUAGAGAAUAUGAUUAUAUAGAGGUAUCAUUCUCUAAUUAAAAGUAGAUUAAAAAAUGUGAAAAAUGUGCUAUUCAUGAACAAAGUGAAAUUGAAGGAAGAGCAUCUGCAAAGAAGAUUGUUUCUUUACUUAAGAAACGAUAAGAUUAUAAUCCUGAUCUCUAAAGUGAUUGGAAUGGAUUAGAAGAAGUUACAACUUAUUCAGCUGAUAAUCAAGAACCUAUUGUUGAUUAUAGAUGUCAUAUUGAACCAUUACCUAAAAUGGAAAAAGUAGAAAUUCAUGUUUCUGAUGGAGUUUAUGCAGUAUAAUAAGAUGGAUAUUGGCUUACUAAGAUGCAUUCAAUUAAAGAAUUUAUUAAAGAUCUUCUUACAUUUGUUGAAAUAGCUAAUGAUAAGAUGAUUUCUAGUUGGUGUUAUUCACGUAAUAAAUAUUUGGAAUAGAAAUUUAAAAUGCAUUGUUUGUUUAAUAGUGAUAGAGAAAGUGAAGAUUAAAAGCGUAUUAAAAAUAGAGAUUUUUAUAGUGUUCUAAAAAUAGAUACACAUGUUCAUCAUAGUUAAAGUAUGAAUGGUAAAUAAUUACUUGAAUAUAUGAAAAAGAAGUUUAGAUAAUGUCCUGAAGAAGUUGUAUAUUUAGAUGAUAAUAAAGAAAUGACAUUGAAAGAUAUUUAAAAACGAUUUAAAUUCAAAACUGAAGAAUUAAAUAUAGAUCUUUUAGAUGUUUAAGCAGAUAAAUCUCUAUAUAAAAGAUUUGAUCGAUUUACAAGUAAAUAUAGUCCUCUUGGAUAACCACUUUUAAGAAGUAUCUUUUUGAAGACUGAUAAUUAUAUCAAAGGAAAAUAUAUUGCUGAAAUUACUUAAGAUAUGAUUAAAAAUAUGGAUAGACAUACAUAUGCAGAAUGGAGAAUCACUAUUUAUGGAAAAUCAAGUAGUGAAUGGAGAAAGAAGGCUUAAUGGUUAAUUAAAAAUAAAUUACAACAUCCAAAUAUUAGAUGGAUAAUAUAAUUACCUAGACUUUAUUCAGUAUAUAGAAAAAGUGGAGAACUCAAUUCAUUUUAAGAUAUGAUUGAUAAUAUUUUUAGACCAUUAUUUGAAGUCACAAUCAAUCCUGAAGUUGAUUCAGAUUUAUAUCAAGCAUUAUUCAGUAUAUCAGCAUUUGAUUGUGUUGAUGAUGAAAAUUAACAUGAGAAUUUCUUUCUAUAACAUUUAAAGAUCUAACCUAUACAUUGGACUAAAGAUACUAAUCCACAUUAUGCUUAUUGGAUAUAUUAUAUCUAUGCCAAUCUAUCAAGUUUAAAUCAAUUGAGACAACAAAGAGGUUUAAAUACACUUGAUCUAAGACCUCAUUGUGGUCUCAAUGGAAAUAUUGAUCAUUUAGCUUGUGCAUAUUUAUUAGCUAGAGGAAUUAAUCAUGGUAUUAUUUUAGAAUAAUCACCUGUUCUAAAGUAUUUGUAUUACCUCAAAUAAAUUGGUAUAUCCAUGUCCCCAAUUGCUAAUAAUAAAUUGACAUGUAAAUAUGCAGAUUCACCUUUUAACAGUUAUUUCAGACAAGGACUCAAUGUUUGUUUAUCAACUGACGAUCCCCUUAUGUUACAUAUUACUGAUUAACCUCUUCUAGAAGAAUAUGCAAUUGCAUAAUAGAUCUUUGAUUUAUCAAAUGUAGAUAUGGCUGAAUUAGCACGUAACUCUGUUCGAUGCUCUAGUUUCGAAUCUAUUAUUAAAGAAUUUUAUGUUGGAACUCAAUAUGAAAAGAUGUAUAAAACUACAAGUAAUAUAUAAUCAUUUAUAUACCAUAGACAAUCCAGAAAGAAAUAAUGUACCUUAAAGCAGAUUCCUAUUUAGGUAAGAAACACUUAAAGAGGAAUAUCAAUACUUGCAAGAACUUAGCAAGUCUUAAUGA